AAACGAGUGAAGAAGUUGUGUAAGCAAAACGAAAAACAGAAUUCUAACAUUUCACACUUCGCCAUUUAUCCGAUUCAAAUCACUCACUCUUUUCAAUGCCAAAUUCCAAAUACAACUCACUGAAUCAAAUACUCGCCGAUUAAUUAACAAUGACAAUGGGCCGUUGCUCGGCGAGUUCCGGCGACGACAAUAAUAACGAUGACAAUGCCAUCAACUCCAGCGGUGGAUUUCACUCGAUCCGUGACCGUUUUCGCUUCAAGAGAAAUUCACAUAAACCGGCACCUCCGCUGCCGUCGCCGACGUUAUCUCCGGAUCGGCAGUGGAAAACAGCGGCACGAUCUCAUCAUCAUCAUCACCAUCACUAUAACCGAUCUUACUCUAGGAAGCUGAUUUUUUAUUGUUUUAAAGAGAGAUCGUGGUUAUAUUUGUGCAUAUUUUUGGUUAUUUUUGUGUUUGCGUUAGCGUCUAUGGUGUUACAGAGUUCAAUCAUGUCGGUGUUAAAGCAAGGGAAUGAGAGAGCUCGUUGGCGGUGGUCCGUUAGAGAUGAUUUGAAGUUAGGGAGUUCAUUGGAGUUUGUUCAACAGCGGAGCUUUCAGCUUCGUAAUGGCUUAGACUUGCUCAGGAAUCAGCCUAGAAUUGGUGUUCGGCCUCCUCGGAUUGCGCUAGUCUUAGGAAACAUGAAAAAGGACCCACUGUCAUUGAUGCUGUCUACUGUGGUGAAGAACUUACGGGGAUUAGGCUAUAUGAUUAAGAUAUAUGCUGUGGAGGAUGGCAUUGCGAGGUCCAUAUGGGAAGAAAUAGGAGGGCAAGUAUCAAUUUUAACCGCUGAACGAUAUGAUCUCAUUGACUGGUCAAUUUUUGAUGGUGUUAUUGCCGAUUCACUUGAAGAUAAAAAUGCUAUAUCAAGCCUUAUGCAGGAGCCUUUUUGCUCUGUCCCCCUCGUAUGGAUAAUUCAACAAGAUACUCUAGCAAGUCGCCUUCGUCUCUAUGAAAACAUGGGCUGGGAACGUCUUAUUUCUCAUUGGAAAGAUGCUUUUCGCAGGGCUGAUGUUAUUGUAUUUCCAGAUUACUCUUUGCCGAUGUUAUAUAGUGGGCUCGACUCUGGAAACUUCUUUGUGAUCCCCGGAUCACCAAAAGACAGUUGGGCUGCUGACAGUUAUAAUAGGAGACAUUCAAAAUCUCAGUUAAGGGAGGAAUAUGGUUUUGACAAAGAUGAUCUCUUGGUUUUGGUGGUUGGAAGUUCCAUUCUCUACAAUGAGCUGUCUUGGGAUUAUGCUUUGUCUAUUCAUGAUAUAGAACCUUUGCUACUCAAAUUUGCUGGAAGUAGCGAUGUUGAAGAGAGACUGAAGUUCGUUUUCGUGUCAGGAAAUUCCAGUGAUGGGUAUAAUGAGGCAUUGCAGGAUAUUGCUACUCGUCUGGGACUUCGUGAGGGAUCUCUUUCACACCAUGACAUGAAGGGUGAUGUUAAUGGUAUUAUACUGAUUGCUGACAUUGUCCUCUAUUCUUCCUCUCAAUACGAACAAGAAUUUCCUCCGAUCCUGAUACGAGCUAUGUCAUUUGGGAUACCAAUUGUUGCACCGGACCACCCUGUCAUUAAGAAAUAUGUUGUUGAUGAAGUUCAUGGAAUCAUCUUCUCUAAACACAAGUCCAAUGCAUUGGUGCAAGAUUUCUCAGUACUUAUAUCUAAUGGAAAACUCACGAGAUUCGCUCGCACUAUUGCAUCUUCUGGGAGGCUGCUUUCCAAGAACAUGCUUGCAGUUGAAUGCAUUACAGGGUACGCAAAGCUGCUGGAGAAUGUCAUAAAUUUCCCAUCUGAUGUCAUCCUUCCAGGAGACACUUCUCAGCUUAAGCAGGGCUCAUGGGAGUGGGGUUAUUUUCAAAAGGAUGUAGAGAAGAGUAAUGACAUAGAAGAUCUUCAAGUAAAGGAUGUGGAUCCAAUAAAUUCCAGUGUUGUUUAUGACCUUGAAGUAGACAUGACAGGUUUUGUUCCUUUGAUGAAUGUCUCUGGAGAUAAUUCAGAGGCUUUAGAGGACUUUCCAAGUGAGUUGGAUUGGGACAUCUUGAAUGAAAUGGAGCGUUCUGAGGAAGUAAAUAGACUGGAGAUGGAGGAGAUUGAGGAAAGAAUGGAAAAGGACAUUGGUGAGUGGGAUGAAAUAUAUCGUAAUGCUCGAAAAGCUGAAAAGCUUCGUUUUGAAACUAAUGAGAGGGAUGAAGGAGAGCUGGAAAGGACUGGGCAACCAGUAUGCAUUUAUGAGGUUUAUAAUGGAGCUGGAGCAUGGCCAUUUUUGCAUCAUGGCUCUUUGUACCGUGGAUUGAGCCUAUCAACUAAAGCACGGAGAUCGAGGUCAGAUGAUGUUGAUGCAGUUGGCCGGCUUACCCUUUUGAAUGAGACCUACUAUCGGAAUAUCCUCUGUGAGAUGGGUGGCAUGUUUUCAAUUGCAAACCAUUUAGAUAAUAUUCAUAAGCGACCCUGGAUUGGAUUUCAGUCAUGGCGAGCUACGGCUAGAAAAGUUUCAUUAUCUAAAAAUGCUGAGCUGGCCCUAGAAGAAACAAUACAGGCAAAGGCUAAAGGUGAUGUAAUAUACUAUUGGGCACAUUUGGAUGUGGAUGGUGGGUUUACAGGAAACAAUGAUGCCCUUACUUUCUGGUCAAUGUGCGAUAUUUUGAAUGGAGGCAACUGCAGAACUGCUUUCCAAGACACAUUUCGUAGAAUGUAUGGCUUACCGUCACAUAUAGAAGCUCUCCCACCAAUGCCAGAAGAUGGUGGGAGAUGGUCAGCACUGCAUAGCUGGGUUAUGCCAACCUCUUCGUUUCUGGAGUUCAUUAUGUUUUCCAGGAUGUUUGUCGAUGCUCUGGAUGGUUUGCACGUGAAUUCAAACAAUAGGACUCAUUGUAUACUGGCAAUCUCGACAUUUGAGAAGCAGCACUGUUACUGUCGGGUUUUGGAACUGUUGGUGAAUGUCUGGGCCUAUCACAGUGCACGGCAGAUGGUUUACAUUAAUCCUCACUCAGGCGUGCUGGAAGAGCAGCACCCCAUUGAGCAGCGAAAAGGAUAUAUGUGGGCAAAGUACUUCAACAUAACAUUGUUGAAGAGUAUGGAUGAAGACUUGGCAGAAGCUGCUGAUGACAAUGUCCAUCCAUAUGAAACGUGGUUGUGGCCUUUAACGGGAGAGGUAUAUUGGCAGGGGAUAUAUGAAAGGGAGAGAGAAGAGAGAUACAGGCAAAAAAUGGACAAGAAAAGAAAGACAAGAGAGAAACUACUCGAAAGAAUGAAACACGGAUAUAAACAAAAGACACUGGGAGGAUAACACAUCUUGGCUAGAAGAACUUUUUGACACCAUUUGUGAACCACUUGGCUCUAACAUGGCAACCAAGCUCAUUUUUGCUCUGGGCUUGUGGAUGAAAGAGAAGGACGCCAACAAAGGAGUGGUUAUAAUUCUUUCUAACUGCAUCAACAUACGGACACUGACAUACUAGACUGACAUAACUACAUAUAUUCAUAUGGAUGGAGAGCGAGUUAGGCUUAGCAAGAGCGAGUACAUUAUAUGUGGCUCGCAAGCAGUUUUGCAAGCUUUUGUAACGAAUAUCUUAUGUGGCUCGUUACAAGUCUCUGAUUCCAAGAGGCGCAUUCUCUAGUGGAGAUUUCAUUUCUGCAAUAUUCGAAACGCGCAGAGCAUCUACAGAAACUGUAUUCUUUCGACAAUGUAUAUACAUUUUUAUGCAAUAAAGCAAAUGCAAAUUCGUAUUACUAUGCU